UCAAAACUUCUCGGGAUCCAGAGUUUUUUGAUAAAAGGUCCCAUCCUUCAAUAUCAUGAUUGGGUCAACCAGGCCAGAUCAUAAGUGAAAUAGUUUGAUCGGGUCGACCAGGUCAGGCCCGAUCAUGAGUGAAUAGAAAAUCGAAAACGUACAUAGCUGUUCCAGCGGAAAUACUUUGUUUAAUUCUACCACUUCUACUAGGAGUAGCCUUUUUAGUGCUAGCUGAACGUAAAGUAAUGGCUUUUGUGCAACAUCGAAAGGGUCCUGAUGUAGUGGGAUCGUUUGGAUUGUUACAACCUCUAGCAGAUGGUUUGAAAUUGAUUCUAAAAGAACCUAUUUCACCAAGUAGUGCUAAUUUCUCCCUUUUUAGAAUGGCUCCAGUGGCUACAUUUAUGUUAAGUCUAGUCGCUUGGGCCGUUGUACCUUUUGAUUAUAUUAUGGUAUUGUCAGAUCCGAACAUAGGGCUACUUUAUUUGUUUGCCAAUUCUUCGCUAGGUGUUUAUGGAAUAAUUAUAGCAGGUUGGUCUAGUAAGACGGGGGGCGGCCAUUCGGUCGCCUAUGAUAUACGGACCAAUUGGUUCAAUAUGGGUUUGUGCCGCAGGUGUUGA